GCUCGUACCAUUCGCACACCAGAAAACACAGUCCCGGCAUUCUGACCUGGUAAGUCACCAGAGUCAGAUCGCGACAAAGUGAGACAAACAACAAUCUCGCUAGUCUCGUUAAUUAACAAUAACCCAGGGACAAAAAAUCACCAAAUAAUAUCACCACCAACAAUGAAUAAUUAGAAAGAUUCGAGUAAAAUUUCUAUUCUCAACGCAAACACCCAAAGGCCAAUUUAUUUAUUACCUAGUGAUUAACGUCGUUUAUUAAUAAAUUCCAACAAUCAGUGAACGAUACUUAAAUUUAAUCGAAUUAUUGGAGAGAAUAGUGUUUACUGGAAGCUCACACACUUGCGGAGAUAUUAUAACGUGAGAAUUACAGGAGAAUUUAGAGUCUUGGAAGUUGAGAGCCCGUUGAGAAUUAAAAGUGUUUGUGCACGAGGUGACCACGAGGUCGAUUUAUUAUUGAACAUCAGAGGUGAAAUUCAAUGUUUGUUUUGUAUAUUUACAGUGGAUAAAGUGUACAAGUGGUUUUCGUGAUUAUUUCUGGGUGUUUUUCGGGGUAUUUAAGUUGAUAUUUAUCUGUCAGUGAACUCUACCGACGGUUUAAAUAUCUGGCAGAAUUGAGUGUUCGAAGAGCGUUUCGACGAGGAGAACGUCCGCCACGUGGAGGCAACGAAUAUCUCUCUCUCGCGACUCAUCUCUUUGACAUUUUUAUUUUGUGAACAUUAUCAUUUAUUUAUCGUACUGUAUAAAAUGGAUCUUCUGUGCUGUGAGACCACGGAAACGGAAUGCAGGGCUUAUGCUGAUCCAGCUUUGCUUGGUGAUGAGAGGGUACUUCAGAAUUUGUUGAAGACUGAGGAACGUUACGCCCCCAGUAGCUCGUACUUUGAAUGUGUCCAGAGGGACAUAUCGCCGAUCAUGCGCAAAAUUGUCGCCGAGUGGAUGUUGGAGGUUUGUGAGGAGCAGAAGUGCCAGGCUGAAGUGUUUCCCCUGUCGAUGAAUUAUUUGGACAGAUUUUUAUCGAUCUGCCCAAUCCGAAAAUCACAAUUACAAUUACUCGGUACCGCCUGUCUUCUUCUGGCAUCUAAACUACGAGAAACGAGGUCAGUCACAGCUGAGAUUCUCGUUUUCUACACAGACAAUUCCAUCACACUCGAUGACCUAUGGAGGUGGGAACAGCUCGUUGUAUCGAAACUCAAGUGGGAACUGUCAGCAGUAACACCCGGUGACUUUCUUCUUCACAUACUGAGUCGUCUGCCCAUUGAUUCUUUGGCGUGGGACUCACUCAUGGUCAGAAGACACGCACAGACAUUCAUCGCCCUCAGUGCCAGAGAGUACAAGUUUUCCAUGUACACACCCAGCAUGAUUGCAGCGGCAAGCGUUGCAGCGGCUCUUCAUGGGCUCGAUUGGACGGGAAAAAGUGGUUAUGGACUCUCUGGACUGCUCGAUGAGCUCACCCGCAUCACUGCCAUUGAACAGGAUUACCUGCAGGGAUGCUUCGAACAGAUUGAAGAAAUGGUGGCACAGGCGAGAACCACAAGUCACCAGUCUUCAACAACAAGUACAAUCGGAACGAGUGCACCAACAAGACCGUUGGGGGAACAGAACACGAGCCAGGACAAAAUGAUGGAGCAUGAGAAAGCAGGAACCCCAACUGACGUGAGGGAUGUCCAUUUUUGAGCCCUGGCUCGGUGUUAUCAUGAAAUCGGAGCUCUUGUUUCAAUUUCUCUCCACCAAGUUAAUGGAGGAGUCCUGGAUAAAAGUACGAGAUACCUCGAGGGAGUCUGGAACGCCUAGAGGAGAAUGCCAACGUCUCAUGAAAUUUCUAUAGUGAAGUUGACUAAUUCGUCUUUUAUCAUUCACUAUUAUCGAUUAAAUCGAAAUUUUUUAUCGACUCUCUUUCGAUGAAACGCUGAUAAUAAAGUACUGGGACGUUCUGGGGGAAGGCAAUGCAAUACGCUUUACGCUACACUUAAUUUUUAGUAUAAAACGAAUGAUUACUUUUUACGUUUACAUCCAGAACGAGAUACAGGUAAAACGAUAGUAAUUAUUCUGCGUCACGAAUUUUUUGACGAUUGAGAGGGGAUAAUAGAGCGAAAAAUAUGUUUAUAGGUAGGGAGGAGAUACAAGUUAUAGUAAGAAUGAAUACAUAUAGUCAUACCCGAGUCAUUUAGCCUUUUGUACAUAUGUGAAGAGGAUUUUUUAUGUUUACAGAAACUGCUAAUGUUUAGUUAUUAAUGCAUCUAUUUUUUUUUUAUUUGUAUAGAGGAGUGAUGCUUUCGUUUUAUUUCGGAUCUCUAAGUCGAGUUGUAACAAUGAACCUCCGAAAAAAAAGAACGUGUUGAUCUAGUGUGGAAGCAUGUGUGUGAGAGAGUGAGUGUUUCAUGAAACAUGUAUUUUUUUAUGAAAAAAUGAGGAAUAAGGAGGAAAAUAUGAGAGAUGCGAGUGCAAGAGAGAAGUUUCAAUUUGUCAGCGGAUUUAUUUCUCUUUUGCCACCUGUGCAGUGAAAAUCCCGUGGAAAUUUAUCAGUCCACGUUAAUAUAUAUAUUUGUAAAAACAAAAAAAUUUAAUUUCUUUUUUGUGAACGUCUUGUUGGGAACCUGGGGAUUCCGUUUUGUAAAUAUUUAUGGUGGAGAUGUUCUCAUCGAAUGAAUCUUCUUCUCGUUUUUAAGGAUGUAAGAUAGAUGAACAAAAUAGGGAGGAAGUGUAUGGAAGUGUAUGAACGAAUUGGGGUGAUUAUGCCGGCAAGAUCUGAAGGGUUUUCUUGGUUCAUUGAGCGGAACGUUCAGUGCCUGGAAAAAACUGGUUAGUACUUAAAAAAAAUGGGUGGACGACGAAUUUUAUAAAAAGUGUAACAUAGAAUCGAAUCGUUGGAAAUUUUCUCAUCAUUUUUCUUUAGUCAAUGAGAUACGUCGUCUUCGUCGCCCUGCAUUGAUGAAUGAAUUUAUCUAGAUAGAUUACGUUGUCAAUAACCAAAUUGUAGUACAAUCUAGGAGCGAGGUAGCAUAAGAGUACUGGUUGAGCAACUCGAAGAGAUACAAUGCAUUUACGUGUUGUCAUUUACUGAUUUCAAUUGUAUUUUUUUUCUGCGUUUGUUAAAUGAAUUAUUCUGCGUUUAUUAUCAUUUUUAUAAAAAUGAGAAUGUGCUACGGAAGAAAAUUGUUUUUUUUUUUGCUUUUUAUGAUUAUUCCGAAGAUUCUGGUCGAAUUGGGGAGUGGGAGGAGAAGAAGCUGUUUAUUUUUUAAUGAGAGAAUAUUUCUGGAAAUGAUGAGGAUUUCUAAACCUCUCAUUUUCACGAAAUUCGUUACUUUUUGAAGAUUAUUUUACGAUUAUCCCGGGAAUGAGCGAGUUGGUAAUGCAAUUACUUCCUGAACUCGUUGCAUCGAUGAUAUUCGCGAAAUAAUUACAGAAUAUUUUUCAGACUCGUCGUUUUCCAUCGCUCCACAACAAACUUAACGCCUGAAUUGUAAAUUCCGUUUAGUUUCUCCUAUACAAUGCUAGAAGUCGGAAUGUUCAACGACGAAUGGAAUUUUUAUCACUAUUUUUUUUUUGGAAGUCAGAGACACAAUAUUGUCACAAGUGUUUUCAUUCUCUGCCGUUGAAAAUAACUGAUAUACCUCAAAACUCGCAAAAAAACAUGUUCACAAGAUUCCCGAUUAUCGUCUGAUCGCAAAGGCACGAUUUUAGCCACUGGAAUCACAAUAAAUAUUUUUUUUUAAUGUAGCAUACUUUAAUCCUAUAAUUAUUUUUUAACGAUAACCAGAAAACAUGUAAUAUGUAGAACCCAAAACACUUUUGUACAUAUCAAUGUGCGUUAACGAUUUGCGCAUAGUCGAUUGAGAAUAAAGUAUUGGUAUUUUAUACAACCAAAGUAAUUGUUUCUAUUUUUAUAUUUUUAAGGGAAACCUAGAUUUUAUUUUUACCAAAGAAAACGAGCGAUUGAAAAAGCAAAUGAUUACCUGAUAUAUUUCAAAUAGUCACAAAUUAUUAAAUUAUAUCAAUUUAAAUGCACACGUAAAAAUGAAAUAAUUGUAAAAUUUAUCAAUUUAUUAAAAUUUUCAGAAAAUAGUUUUCACACUCAAAUUAAAAUCACACUAAACUCAUAAACUCAUAAAUGAAUCAUAAAUGAAUAUAAAAUUCGGACACACAGAGGAAA